GAGUAAUUACUGCGAUGUCACUCCUAAAAGACACAGAUGACUUACCUAUCAAACUAAACUUGGAUGAACUAAAAGAGGAACUGUCAAAAAAUGGGCUGGUACUAUGUCCUGUUAAAGGCUGUGAUCAAGACUUCAAGUCUCUCUGGGGCCUCAAAUACCAUGUUAGACGAGCCAACCACCAAGAGGUCUCAUCAGAGAGGAAGUUUAAGUGUGAGCAGUGUAAUCAAACGUUUCAGUCUCGAAUUGCUUUACGUGAACACAGAACAUUAGAUCAUUCAGGGAGUGAGAGUAGAAGUCCACUAGCAAGUCCAGGAAUUUUCAAUGAAAUGGAGGGAAAUGCUACUUCAUCAAAAGGAACCAUAAAGAGGAAACGUGGUAGACCAAAGAAAAAUACAGAUACAUCAGCCAAGAACAAUAACAGUGUAACUUUUGAUUCGACGGAGAUGAACAAGGAUGCCAGUGAAACAUUAUCUCCAUCAGUUGAAUUACCCAAGAAAGGAGAAAAUUCUGAUGGCACUGGAAGAAGAACUUCUACAAGAGUACGGACUCCUCGAAAAAACACUUUUGUUUAUGAGGAGGAAGAUACAACUAAAAAUAAAAGGGGGAACAAACGAAGGAAAGAGGACAGUGAAGCUGGUGUUUCAGAUAAUACCCCUAAAAAGAGAGGAAGAAAACCAAAAAGUUCAUUAGUGGAAAGUCGUAAUGUUAUUGAGGGACCUUGUAAAAAACAUGGAAGGAAGCGCAAAGGUGACACUGCCAGUUAUGAAUCUGAUGUUGGCCAUGAAAAAGUGAGAGGAAUUGGUAAUGAUAAAGUGGACAGAGGUACCAAUAUUGUUGGUGAUGGAGAGGAUAAUGUUCAUGAAGGUGAUGUUGCCAAUGAAGUUGACAUUGUAAUUGAGGAUGGUGACGGUAUUGAUGAUGACAAUGUUGAUAAUGAGAAUGAUGAUGGUGAUGAUGAUGACAGUGCUGGCCAGGAAAGUGAUGAUGAUGAUGAUGCUGAGGAUAGAGAUAAUGAUGAUGAUGAUGAUUUUGAAAAUGAUGAAGAAAGUACUAAGACAAAAGCUAAAGACACCAAAAAAGCAGAAGCUGCCAAGCCAGCAAAGAAGGGCAGAUUAUCAAAGAAGGAAGUGGCUGAGUUCACCAUCACCCAUGCCUUUACUAACUUUAGUAUGAACAGCCUAGAAUAUUUACAUCUUUCAUUUCAGUCUACAAGACUGAAAAGACUUGUGAAGUCAGGACAGUCCUUAGCGUGCCCAAACCAGGGGUGUAGAGCAAAGUUCACGACUGCCCUUGGAUACCAAAGCCACGUGAAAAUAUGUGGGAUAAAAGAGGAGGAGAGAGAGAAGUUUCCUUGUGAGAUUUGUGGAAAACAAUACAUGUCCUAUCCAGGACUUACAUAUCAUAUGAAGGCUAAACACACUGAGAGUGAACCCAUCAACAGUGAUCAUUCUGAGGUUAAGGAUGAGGAAGAGGAGCCUGAAAUUCUACCAAGUGGAAGAAGAAGAAGAAAGGCAGCUUCAAGGGCUAUAUCAAAGGUGCAGCAAAUAACAACAGACCAAGAACUUGAAGAAAUCAAUCUGGCCAAAAAGACAGAAAAGAGAGCCCUUGGCCAGCUGAUAUCCAAAAUUAAAGGACGAGUUGUUUCAAAGGAGCAAGAGGACAAAUGGAAUGAGAUGCUCAAGACAGAGUCAGAUAUAGUUUGUCCUGGCGUGGGGUGUUCAGAAACAUUUAAGGCAGUGUCAAGCCUCAAAGAGCAUCUGCAAUCAUGUGCAAAAACAAUCUCUUACAAGUGUCUGGCAUGUGGCAAGAAGUAUCUAUCCUUACUAAUCAUCCAGAAGCACAUCAAGCAUCUUCAUGUUGGAUAUAUGCCAAAGGGAAUGGAGAAGUCCGACAGCAGUGAUGUGGAUUUUCAAGCUGCCAGUUCAGGAGAGAGUGAAGAUGACAGUGACGAUGUAGAAAUUGAAGAGAUCGACGAUAGUGGUAGCGAACUAAAUGACCACCAGGAGGAUGCCGAAGAAAUUGUUGUCUGGGAUGACACGAGAGCAAAGUUCAAGAAACCAAGAAAAAAGAGACAACCGCCUAACAGAACGUCUGGUGAAGAUGUGAGAUUUGGACCUAUUGGGGCAAAGGACUCGGAGAGUUACACAACAACAGAAAGCUGGCGCAAGCAAGAGUAUACACAUAAGGAGCUGUUUCCAAACUUGAGACCCUCCUCCUCAUACUGGUGUAAAGUUGAGCUCAGUGAAGUCGACCAGUAUUUACCUGAAGCAACAACCUCACCACCGUUUCAAAUAAGAAGAAAAGGAGAGAGUCAGUGCUUGGAGGAGAGCACAGAACUUCCAUUGUUUGAGAGCACAUCUAAAGAUCAUAGUAAGAUAAUCAACGGAGCCUCUAUCAAUUAA